UGUCGCGCUGGCGAAACUGGUAAACAUACUACCUGACCUUCACCUCAUAAGUUUCUUCUGCUGGAUUUCUACGCCCAUACGAUGCCCGCUGUUGACAUCAUUUUUCCUGCAAAAUCCCUACUCUACCGCAUCAUUGAGGAUAUAAUGGAUUUAAUUAUACACGCCUUCCAUCAAUGAAGACUCGCAGACAUAUUAGCGCAGUGGUGUUCACUCACUCCACUCCCCGUCGCUCCGAAACCUCCGCCAGUUCGAAGCUCGCUAAUGUUGUUUCCCAGUUUCCCCCCCCCCCCCCCCCCCACACCUGUGCAGCAGCUUCUUUGUCCCUUAUCAUCCAUGAUUUGCCUUUACUGACCCAUAGACACCUUCUCUCAUACCCGGCGUAUAUACUACGGGCUAUAAGCUACCUCUGGAUGUGUAUACUUGCUGUUUUUGGUCGGGCGGUAGGCUUAGCAGUUGUUAUGCCGCCUUGUCGCAUAUUGCAAAUAUUGCGGCCCAAAAACAUCCAGGCACUACCACCUGCCAAUGCUAUCUUAGCCUACCACUACUACUAUUACGACACCGCGACCCGAAUCUGCUCCCCUUUAGCUCUAACCUCCUUCCUCUGCCGUACGCUCCCGCUCCUUGUCCUCUAGCCUAUGCCCCGAACAGGCCGCAAGGGGCCUUGUAGCGCCUCCGACAUCACCCGCCACCCGCGCGUACG